GGCAAUGGUUGGUGGUAUGCCAGAACCCUUGAGGCAGUCUGCAGUCGUUCAUAACGUCAUCGCAGAAUCCUGACUUAUCUUGGCACCGGACAACUCUUCCUUUAGGUUGACCCAGUCAUUUAUAUGGCCCUUGUAAGCAAAAUCCAGUGGUGGAUUCCGAGUACUAAAACAGAGGUCUACUACCUUUUUGAGGUUGGCAAUCUUCAACCUACUAGAUACCUGUAUCGUACAAUACCCUUCCACGGGAAUUGCCCACCUGCUCCCAGCCGGCCAUCAGUCGUCACCGGCCAGCGCGCGCACUCCGGGCCAAUAACACGCGCACACCUCGGUUCAAGUGAGACUGCAACUCACUCAACGAGACCCCCUCAGAAACCUCGACUCAUCUGGUUGUUUUUACCGUCUUAUAUAUCCCAGCAUUGCUUUCCAUUUGGACCUGUAUCCGAGUGUCAAAUUUUAUAUUCAAUACUGUUAGACCGGGUGUACAGAUUGUUUUUUUUUUAUUUCCCUGUCUCUCAGGUACCAUACGGAGUACAUCCAACGAGACUGUUAGUUGUCAGUCACUUCACCUAUAGGCCAGGCGCCAGCGAGCGGGCUUCACCGACGAUUUGUGAUUGAAUCAGCAGCCUCGGCUUCAUAAGACCCCGCCAUGGCAUUGUCGGGCGACACUGUCCCGUCUCUUAAAAUCCUACUGAUCGGACCGUCGGGAGCUGGGAAGUCUGCUCGUAGGUCUUUUCCUCCCUGUUUCUGUGAUGGUUUUGUACUGUUGGCGCUUG